GGCUCCCUCAGCAAGAAAGAGCUGAUCCUUUCCUUCCGUUAUAUUUCGCGUGGGGGAUCCGCGAUGGGUGCAUAUAAGUAUAUGCAGGAGCUAUAUCGCAAGAAGCAAAGCGAUGUGCUCCGCUUCUUGCUGCGCAUCAGAUGCUGGCAGUACCGCCAGUUAACAAAGAUGCACCGUGCUCCUAGACCAUCUAGACCAGACAAGGCCCGUCGUUUGGGUUACAAAGCCAAGCAAGGUUUUGUUAUCUUCAGAAUUCGUGUACGCCGUGGUGGACGCAAGCGUCCAGUUCCUAAGGGUGCAACUUAUGGCAAGCCCAAGAGCCAUGGUGUCAAUCAGUUGAAACCAACCAGGAAAUUGCAGUCAGUUGCUGAGGAACGCGUUGGCCGCCGUUGCGGUGGAUUGCGAGUGCUUAACAGUUACUGGGUAGCUCAAGACUCUUCGUACAAAUAUUAUGAAGUUAUUCUGAUCGAUCCUGCUCACAAGGCAAUUCGUAAUGAUCCUAAGGUAAAUUGGGUCUGCAAUGCGGUACAUAAGCACCGUGAGCUUCGCGGUAAGACCUCCGCUGGCAGAAGCUCUCGUGGAUUGGGUAAAGGACAUCGCUAUUCGCAAACGAUUGGUGGUUCGCGCCGUGCAGCCUGGAAGAGACGAAACACACUGUCUCUCCGCAGAAAGCGAUAAUUAUUUUGUUUGUAAUUUGUACAUUACAAGAUACAUCAUUUUAUUGCUUACUUGGUAU